ACGGGGCGGGGACAGCAGGAAAUCCGCUCGAGCAACAGUGGAAUUGUAAACCUAGUCUUCAACUUCGUUUCGAUGGGCCGUGCUUCUCCUGCGAUAAAUGACCGGCGGUGACUGUUUGGGGUGCCGUGUUCCUGAGAUAAUUAACCUCUUGACUUGUGCGGUGAAGAAGCAGGGGUCGGACGUGGGAUUGCUUAUCUUCUUAUAUAAAGGUGGAAGGGUCCUUGAAAUCCAGGAGGAGGUUUCCGUUGUUCAGCGGGCUGCUUGCUGCAGCAAAGCUGGGAUCAAUCGUGGUCAGUGAAGUAACUCAGUGCCUUUUGGCAUGUCAUCAUUGCGAAGCUUUAUCUCCUAUUCUGACCAUCUUCUGGGCCCAAAUCUAAGGUAACCUGAUGCUAUGAAGUUCUGCAGGGAUAAAUUAGUAGAGGAGGAGAGGCGAGUGAUUGCCAACAACCGUGAAUAUAAUGAAAAAUUUCUGUAUGCUAGUAACCGCAUCAAGACCUCAAAAUACAACAUUAUCACAUUUCUGCCUAUUAACUUGUUUGAGCAGUUCCAACGGGUUGCCAACGCAUACUUCUUGUUCCUGUUGCUCUUACAGCUAAUCCCUCAUAUCUCCUCCCUAUCCUGGUUUACCACUAUAGUGCCUUUAGUGUUGGUGCUAACGAUCACUGCAGUCAAAGAUGCUACAGAUGACUUUUUUCGCUACAGGUGUGAUAAUCAAGUCAACAAUCGGCAGUCUCAGGUCCUCAUCAAUGGCAAGCUGCAGAUUGAGAAAUGGAUGAAUGUUCGAGUUGGAGAUGUAAUCAAACUGGAAAACAAUCAGUUUGUGGCGGCGGAUAUCCUGUUGCUCUCAAGUAGCGAACCUCAUGGACUCAGUUAUGUCGAGACGGCUGAGCUUGAUGGGGAAACCAACUUAAAAGUUCGACAGGCGCCUUCAAUAACAUCAGUACUUGGUGCAGAUAUGAGUCAAUUGGCAGAAUUUGAUGGGGAGAUUACUUGCGAGCCACCCAAUAAUAAAUUGGACAAGUUCACUGGGACUCUGAUUUGGAAGGGCUUUAAAUAUCCACUGGAUAAUGAAAAGAUGCUCCUUAGAGGCUGUGUCCUGCGUAAUACAGAAUGGUGCUUUGGUCUGGUUAUCUUUGCAGGACCUGAUACCAAGCUAAUGCAAAACAGUGGUCAUGCCAAAUUCAAACGAACAAGUAUAGACCGUCUGAUGAAUACUUUGGUCCUAUGGAUCUUUGGCUUUCUUGUGUGUAUGGGAAUAAUUUUAGGAAUUGGAAAUUCCAUUUGGGAAAAUGAAGUUGGAUUUCACUUCCGUAUUUACCUGCCCUGGGACAAAUGGAUGAAAAGUGCCAUUUUUUCAGGAUUUCUAAGUUUCUGGUCGUACAUAAUUAUCCUAAAUACAGUUGUGCCAAUUUCACUUUAUGUCAGCGUUGAAGUCAUCAGACUUGGACACAGCUACUUCAUAAACUGGGACCGGAAGAUGUUCUUUGCCCAGAGAAACAUUUCAGCAGAGGCACGAACCACAACACUCAAUGAGGAACUGGGCCAGAUUGAAUAUAUCUUUUCUGACAAAACAGGAACACUAACACAGAAUAUAAUGCUUUUCAACAAAUGUUCAAUAAAUGGAAAAGCCUAUGGAGAUACUUAUGAUGAGCUGGGACACAAAGUGGAAAUAUCUGAGAAAUCUCCUCCUGUGGAUUUUUCGUUUAACUCUUUAGCAGAUAACAAGUUCAAGUUUUAUGAUCACAGCCUUGUGGAAGCGACAAAAUUGGGAGAUCCGUCAGUGCACGAAUUUUUCAGGCUCCUUUCUCUCUGCCACACUGUCAUGUCAGAAGAAAAAAGUGAAGGUGAACUCUCUUACCAAGCCCAGUCACCUGAUGAAGGGGCAUUGGUCACCGCGGCAAGGAACUUUGGUUUCGUCUUCAGAUCGCGCACCCCAGAAACCAUCACCGUGAAUGAGAUGGGCAAACCUGUCAUCUAUCGACUGCUAGCUAUUUUGGAUUUCAACAAUGUGCGAAAGAGGAUGUCUGUGAUAGUUAGAAAUCCUGAAGGACAAAUAAGACUUUACUCAAAGGGAGCUGAUACCAUUUUGUUUGAAAGGCUUCAUCCAUCUAAUGAAGAAUUGAUGUAUGUGACCUCAGACCACCUCAGUGAAUUUGCAGGGGAAGGACUGCGGACAUUAGUGCUUGCCUACAGGGACCUGGAUGAAGCUUACUUCAAUAAGUGGCAGAAAAUGCACCAUCACGCCAGCACGGUUGUCGACAAUCGUGAUGAAAAACUUUCCGCAUUGUAUGAGGAAAUUGAACAGGAUCUGAUGUUAUUAGGUGCCACCGCAGUGGAAGACAAACUGCAAGAAGGAGUUUCUGACACAAUUGCCAACCUAACCCUGGCCAACAUUAAGAUUUGGGUACUGACAGGAGAUAAGCAAGAGACAGCGGUGAAUAUUGGUUACUCAUGUAACAUGUUAACAGAUGACAUGAAUGAGAUAUUUAUCAUAUCUGGCCGCACGGUUCUCGAAGUCCGUCAAGAAAUCCGGACAGCAAAAGAGCAAAUGAUGGGGAAGCCUAUCUGCAAUGGACACAUUUUCUCUGAAAAGAAUGUGACUUCAGUUGUUGAAGAAACUGUUAUGGGAGACUUCGCAUUGAUUAUUAACGGGCACAGUUUAGCGCACGCACUGGAAGCAGACAUGAAGCAGGAGUUCCUCGAGUUGGCCUGCAUGUGCAGGACGGUAAUUUGCUGCCGGGUCACUCCAUUACAGAAGGCUCAGGUGGUUGAGCUUGUCAAAAUGUCUAAGAAAGCUGUCACCUUGUCGAUAGGCGAUGGAGCAAAUGACGUCAGCAUGAUUAAAACUGCCCACAUAGGAGUUGGCAUCAGUGGUCAGGAAGGCACACAGGCUGUUCUGGCUAGCGACUAUUCAAUUGGACAGUUCAGAUAUCUUCAAAGGCUUCUGUUGGUCCAUGGGAGAUGGUCCUAUCUAAGGAUGUGCAAGUUCCUCUAUUACUUCUUCUACAAGAACUUUGCAUUCACUCUUGUUCACUUCUGGUUUGGUUUCUUCUGUGGCUUCUCUGCACAGACUGUUUAUGAUCAAUGGUUCAUUACCCUGUACAACAUAGUUUAUACUUCCCUUCCUGUUCUGGCCAUGGGUAUAUUUGAUCAGGAUGUCAAUGAACAGAAGAGUUUGGAAUACACAAGACUCUAUGAACCUGGACAACUUAAUCUGCUUUUCAAUAAGCGGGAGUUCUUUAUCUGUAUAGUACAUGGGGUCUACACCUCUAUAGUCCUCUUCUUUGUCCCAUAUGGUGCAUUUUUUGAUGCAACGAGAGAUGAUGGGCAACAUUUUUCGGAUUAUCAGUCUUUUGCUGUUACCGUGGCAACAUCUCUGGUGAUUGUGGUCAGCGUGCAAAUUGGGCUGGACACCAGCUAUUGGACAGCAGUCAAUCACUUCUUCAUAUGGGGCAGUGUGAUGGCCUAUUUUUCCAUCUUGUUUGCAAUGCACAGCGAUGGAUUGUUCUCAAUAUUUCCAAGUCAAUUUCCUUAUGUAGGAAACGCUCGAAAUUCCCUGGUUCAUGUAACUGUGUGGUUAGUCAUAAUAGUAACCACUGUGCUGUGUGUUGUACCAGUGGUGGUGUUCAGAUUCCUGAAAGUGGAUUUGAAACCAACCUUGAGUGACAAGGUACGAUAUCUGCAACGUGCCAGAAGGAAACAGAAGCCAGCACAACACCGUAUGCGACGGGUGAACCGUACCAGUUCACGGAGGUCAGGCUAUGCAUUUUCUCAUCAAGAAGGCUAUGGCGAGCUCAUAACUUCAGGAAGGAACAUGUGGUUCAGUAACCCAUCGCCAGUAGUGACUGGAAAGUCAAUGUUGAGCAGCACCAGUUGGAUAGAAAACUUACGGAAGAAAACUACAGAUGUCAUACACAUCAGUAGUAGUGAGAGGAAUGUUAAACUGUAGUUACAGCUAUAGGGUGGGACGGACGGUCUUCCUCACUUUAAACUUCGCCGUAGUUUGCACUGUGCUGUAUAUCUAUAGAGCUUGAAACCUUAACCUGGUGAAACGUCACAAAAUAAUGAACUCUCACCCUGGAGCUCUUGUAUUUCAAGUUUAUAAUGCUGGAUAUUGAUUGUGGUUACACAGUGAACUCACUGCUCCCUGGUAUAACUGGUACCAGGUGAUUCUGUAAACUUGUGGACAGAAGUAUGUACAGUUGAAGCACUCGUCAGUAUAUUCGCUGGGACAUCCAGGUUUGUAUUUCUGAGUUGUAAAUAUUUUUUAACCUUUAGAAACCAUUUUUAUAAGUCAAAAGAGCAACAAUUGCAUUGUCUCGUGCAACUGCUCAACAUAAGUAGGCAUAUGCAAGAGAAAUUAUAGAGCUUUUGAAAUGGAGGAUUUACUUUGCAAUUGUACGUAAUAUAAAUCAUUUAUCUCAUUUAAGGACCCCUUUAUAUUGUAUUCUGUACAAGAAUGUUAUCGUGUGGUCCUAUAGCUGCGACCUCAUUUGAGGAAUUAGUGCCUUUUAAGGUUUCCUUUCACAUGGAAACAAAUAAUUUUUAUUUGAAUGUACAGUAUGUAUAUUUUUGAAAACCAUAUCUGCAUUUACAAUUAUUGCUGCCAAGAGUUCAAUGUAAUUUUACACUUUCAGUAGCUUCCUCCAGUGAAAUACAGUAGUAACCUACACAAAUUGUUAUAUUUGCAAUAUGCUUUCUUCAAGCAAUUGCUCUAUACAUUUAUUCUUUAUAUUCCUGUAGAUUAGGAACUUAUAUUUCCGAAGUGGAAGUAUCAAAAGUGGAAAAGUCUGUUUUAAGACUUUUGGACACAAUAAUCUGCUCACUCAUUUUUUUUCCUUUUCUCUAAUCCAAUGCUGCUUUGAACUACCAGCAAAAUUUUUAUUUCAGAUUUCCAUCAUCUAGAGGUUUUUACUUUUCUCUCAAUGACUUGUUAUUUGUACUGUCUCCUUGCUGAAAACAAAUAAUUUUCUCUUUUUAUUUUUGGGGAUUUACAGUGUGCUUAAUGGUAACCGUGUUUCCUCCAACACAGCAGAAGUGGGGUAGAGUAGGAUUUGUGUGAACAGAUGCAUGGUGGCUGGCAUUGACCUAGUGGUCCAGAGGGCCUAUUUUCAAUGCAAUAUCACUCUCUGGCUCGUCAUGUGGAAAGCUUUGUAUUGUCUUGUUAGGAAAGGUCAUUCCUCCUGUGUGGCACAGUAGCUUAGCAGUUGGCAGUUAGAACAGAAAAUUGGUGUUCAGUUCCCAGCAUUUAAAUGUUGGGAGUGUUCUCCCCGUGACUGUGUGGAUUUCCUGCAGGUUCUCCAGAUCCCUCCCACGCACAGAAGAGGGUUAGUAAGUUAUGGGCAUGGAAGGAUGGCAGAACUUGUGGGUUUGCCCCAGCACAUUCCCAGACCGUGUUGGUCGUUGACACGUAUGUUUCAAUGUACAUGUGAUAAAACUAAUUUUAAUCUUUACUUUGUUCUGUGGAAAGAGCCCAUUUUUACACACUGGGCUGAAAUACUCACUGAAACAAUACUACUUAUCUUUAUCCAUUAUAUCUCAAAACCAUGAGCCGUCCCUGGUUCCCAAUAGCAUGAGUUCUGCCAUAUAACACCAUGCACAUGAACCCACAAAAUAUUAUACAAUUUCCAUUGACCAACUCAGGAAACAAGAAGGCCCCACAAAUUCCUUUACCUCACAUCCUCUCUGCUAAUCUAUAAUAGGGAAAUUCCAGCUUCUGUAUCAUUUUAUGGGAGCUGUAUUUUCUGUAUUUAUAGCCACCUUAAGAUGAGCAGAAAUCUGUUAUGUGUUCACCACUGAACAGAAAAUGUGACAGGAUCAAACCCCAUUUUCUCACAUACUCUCUCAUACAAUAUAGGAAGAGACUAAUUGGCCCACAGAACCUAUACCAACUUUCAGAUCAUUCUUAUUUCUACCCGCGUUAUUUCCUUGUGUCAUUUCCCGUGGAAAUUUUCCCUCCUGUCCCAGCAUGAGCAGUUUCUGGCAAACCUACUAAGAGUCAAAGAAAAUGGGCCUGACCCUCCUAAGUGGGGCGUAUGCAGUAUAUCCAUUCUAAUCAACUUGUAAUCUCCCUUGGUUUAUUCUCCACUGAAGAAAUAGCUCACUCACAUGGCAUUUCUCACUGCCAAAGAAGAGUACCAACAUGGUGUUCCAUUUUACCCCCACCCCCUACAAUGAACACAUCUUCAGAUGAAUUGUAUGUUCAUCCUAACCUCGGAUUAGAUUUGGAUCUCCCCCUCCCCCUCCAACUUUCAAAUCCCUUACUCACUCUUCCUUCAGUUAGUCCUGACGAAGGGUCUCGGCCUGAAACGUCGACUGCCCCUCUUCCUACAGACCAGCAACUUUGAUAUGUGUUGCUUGAAUUUCCAGCAUCUGCAGAAUUCCUGUUGUUCUCGGAUUAGAUUUGUACUUUUUCCAGUUUUCCAAUGAUAUUGAGUCUGUAAUUUGCAACAAAGUGAUUGACUUCCUACAAGAUACAUGUCUGUCACGAAACCCCAAACUGCAAUGGUCAGACACAAGUUUGGCCAGUUUCUCCUAACCCAUCACCCCACCACCAACCCCACAACAACCUACCACCAUUCCAGCACCACUGAGAAGUAACCCCUCCUCCCAACAACUGAGAAAAUAAACUCUCCCACAGAUCUUCGUCUAAAAAGAUCCCAACGUCCCAAUUUUCAUUCCUCCUCUCCCCUCUUCUCCGAACAUCUUUCCUCCACCCUUUGAGAACAGCCGAGUGCCCCAGAACUCUUCAUUAUUCUUUAGCCUCUGACCUGUAACCCAUUUUCUCUACUCUUUACUAAACAUAUUUCCUUCUCCCCUUUCUUUCUCUUGACUUCUUGUACUCAUCCUUUGCCUUGAGUUCUCCCACAGGGCAGCUUAAGGAACUACAGUCUCUGCAGCAUUUUCUUUCUUUAACACCCUCACUUUCAUUACCUUCCUGUGAAUCAUGUUAAAUUGUUGCUGACAGGCAUGUGAUCUUAAGUGUUAAACUUCUACAAUUAAGUGUACAGUGUGUGCUUUGGAAACCCAGAAAAAUAACGUGGAUUUAAAAAAAAACUCCAGAAAUUUCAUAUGUGGAUUAGUUUUAAUCCACUUAGGUCUUAAGUCACCUCUAUAAUAUUUGAGUUCUUCCUGUUGAAAAGGGGAUCUCUUAGCAAGUUUGGCUUUUGGAAGACUUCAUUGCAUCAAUUUAGCCCAUGCAAUGUCCUGAUGCAGGGUUUCAACCCAAUUUAUCUGAAAGGGCAGCAUAGUAACAAGGUGGUUGGCACAAUGCAAUUACAGUGCCGACAACUUGGGUUCACUCUUGCUGCUCCCUGUAUUGAAUUUGCAUGUUCUUCCUGUGACUGUGGAUUUCCUCCAGAUGCUUUGAUUUCCUCCAACGUCCAAGGAUGCUCAGGUUAAUUGGUCACACAUAUAUUUGGGUGGCAUAGCCUCUGGAAAGUCCUGUUACCGUGCUAUAUCCUUAAAUUUAAAAAAAAAAUUCUGUAACCCACAGAUAUUGCUUGAUCCACUGGAUUUUCCCCAGCCACUUUUUAUUGCUUCGGCUUCCAGCAUCUGCAAUCCCUCACAUCUCGAUUAAGCUGUCGUCCUUCUAUCAAAUUAUUGGUUUUAAAACUGGAUGUUCAAAGUAAAUGUAGAAAGGGGCAUCUCCUGUAAAAGACAUGUUAGGCUGCUGGCAGACUAAACCUUAGCUUAAAUUAAUUUUUCAGUCCUGUAGAAGCAAACCAGGGUUCAAGUUCCAAAUAACUAUUCUGACCAUCCUUUUGCCUGCUGCUACACUGUACCAUCUAAAUUGACAGCAUCUACUGGAAAGUGAUCCUUGGCUCUAGUAGCUGAUGCUGUAUACUUAGGUGCAGUGAUUUAGUUAAAUGGUUUGUAAUGCUCUCAUUUGACAUGUAUUUUCAUAUGGAGAAUAUAUUCACUGUUAAAAUUAGUGUGAGGUAUGGGAUGAGGUGGGGGAAAGAGAUAAAUUAAAAAAUAUACUUCUGAAGUAUGGCUAAGCAAGGAAGUAUUAGGGAAACAAUACUUAUUUGGCUGGUUUCAAUUUUGGGUAUUUUCAGUAUAUUUGAGAGUCCAGGCUAUUUUUUAUUGACUUCUAGCUUCCUAGUCAAUGAGUCUGGGGUAGAGUCUCUCCUCAAACACAUUAGGCAGUGUCCUCUUAAAAACUAAUGAAAGUCUGUAAAAUCUGCUGAUGAAUGAUCAGAAUUAAACUCACUUGGGCCAAGUUUUCAAAGCUCCUCUGCAUGAUGGGAAAUUAAUUACAAUGGAGUCCAUUCAAUUGUUUACCUCCAGAGCAACUACUGUAUGUUACCAGAAGGAAAUCACAUUUAUUUUGGUAUGCUGCAUAAACUGAAUGAAGCAUUAAAGUUACACGUGUUUGGAGGAUAAAAAAAAACUCCACAGUAUCAUUCAGACACAAGGCACGAUGUGAUUUAGGUAUCAUCACAAAGCCAAUCCACUAAUGCUCGCAUGUUCCUCAUUUUAAGCACACUUUCAAUCUCCUGCACGCUUUCCAAUUCAAAUCAAUCACGAGUGAAAAAAGAUGGACAAAUCUAGUGGCCCCAAUCAUUAUCCAGUUCCGAGUACAGCUUUUCAUUUUGACUUCACAUGAAUCGAUGUGUCACCUGAUAAUAUCACUCUUUACUCCUCAGAGCCAUAGGUAUUCUGGUUCACAAACAAGUCAAACACAAACUAAAACAAUCCAGCAAGGUUCAGUUCUGGGGCACUGUGUUGUAAGUUUCUUACUGUUUGAAUGCGGAGGGUGAGCAGGUAACAAGUUACUCUGCUAAAUUCAGCGGCCUUAAAUCAAUAAUUUUCUACUACCUAUCUCUACAAUUGACGAACUGGAUUCAAUCCAUUAAUUUGUGACAAUAAAACUGUUUUCUCUAUAUGCAAAUUUGGUAAUCAGUGUUCACUGCUAUUGCUUUAUUACUUCAGGACUAUCAAAGAUAACCUUUGGUAGAUUACAAAGUAACUAUCAAAAUCAACUUGAAAUGUUUUAAAUCUUGUUAAUUUGAAUUCAUGAUAUUUAUUUUGAACUAUACAUUUUGUAAAAAUUUGGUAAUGGCAAAUCAGUUAACCUUUUAACUAUUCUGGAAAGAAAAUUAUAGUCCUUCCCUGUUAAGUUAUUCUUCAUUGAACAAUGAAUUGAAGGAAUUAGAUUAACAUUGUUGUACUGUGAACAAAGUCACCCGAGAGACGUAGAUAUGAAGUAGUCUUUUAUUCAACAAUAUGAGACACAGCAGGCAUCGUAUUGAGCUUUUCAGAGGAAGAGGUCAAUCAACCCAAUAUUACAUGACAUUUUGUACGCUAAAGAUCAAAUGUCAAUUCUAUAUUUACAAUGUGUCUACAGUGCUUCCUUUGAAUUACAUACAACUUUCUCACCACCUUCCUCACACCCACAUCCCAGACAUCCAAAAUGAACGUUAAAUCAGCAAUGUUUCGUUUUUCAAUUUAACUGCUGUUCACAGCUCUGAGAACCUAUUGUCCAGAGCUGCAUUUUUAAUUGAAUCUACAGUCCAUGUUCAGGUCUAAAGAUUGGUUACUGAAGUUAAUGUUUUGCGAUACACCCUCAGUCCAGAAUGUGCCCUAACAGACAUAGCACCACCGAAUGGCAAAUAUUAGAAUUGCUACGUGAUUCUCCUAUUCUGUGCUAUGCAAGUGCAGCAAAUCCGAAUGGCUCACAGUUAAUUUGCUGAGGUCUCAUUAAACUAAUUCAAAUCCUGGAUAUUGUUAUGCGAUGCUUAUCUUCUGUUUUCUGUUCUUCAAUUUAUAUCUUUCAUUUUAGUUUAGUAUUUGCUACUUUGAAGAGCUUCAGUAUUUUAAUGUUUCAGAUUGUCUCAGAGGCUUAGUUUGUGAUUAACACAUAGCCUGACAUUCCCAUUUCACUUCAGAGUCCAUAUGAAAUCAGUCUUCUAGCAAGUGAUGGCCACUUCCAUUCCCUUAACAGUGGUCUACCAGAUAGGAGAAGGCUUUAUUCGUUUGAAGUGCCCAUAUCAAUUUGAGAUAUUGAAAGAAUAAACUGAACUCUCAGAACAGAAUUGAAUCUGGUAAUUAAUUGGAAAAGGUUGCAGUAUUCAAUUUAAAAAUGUUUUGAAUGUCUCAAUGACCUAAUACCUAAUUGAGAAGAUAACAGGAAUUCUAAGUGAGAAAGGUACAAAAAGUAAGCAAUCUAAUGAUUUCAUCAUUUGAUGUUGGAAUAUGCACCAGAAAACAAAACCUUGCCUUUGACUUUCAUAUUGUUCCGAAGAGAUAAUCAGCUGUUAUUAUAAUAGAUGGGAAUUUGUCGACCAAUUGUAUGCCAUAAUCUCUCAGUAGUAUUAAUGAGGGAUAAUUUAUUAUAGUUGAUCAUAUUAAUGACUGAGGGAUAAAUUUUAGCUAGGGCACUAGAAGAAUUCCCUGUUCUUCAAGGGUUAAUGCAUUUUUUUUAGACAAGCUCUCACUUCUGCAGUGAAGAUGAUCAUUACAAUUUUUAGCUUUCUUACUGUUUAUCAGUAGUUAGUGAUGCACAAAUAUCCUAAAUACCAAUCAGGCUGAAAUUUCAAACUCACUCUCAUAAGUAUAAGGAAUUAGACAUUCAUGUCUACAUUACUUACUUACUGCCCAUUAUGCUGCUGGCAUUUAGGGCAGCAAUGAAGGUCCUGCAUUUCUGUCUGUCCAUACCAACACACACAGAGGUAGAAGGAUUCUUCAUUGCUAUUUCCCUAUUUUCACCAGUCAGGGUUGUUAGCCCUGAGCUGAACCCUCGAACCUGGAGGACCAGUGGACCACUCUUAGUCUGGCUUUUACCCUUUGGUUUGUUUGGUGUGGGUGACCCUACCAAGAGUCAAAGCACAAGGCCUUGGCUCUAGCCAGCUUCUCUCUCUGGGUCGUUGAGGCAUGCAAGCCUCCAAACCCUACCGCAAGGCUGUGGUCCUCUUGGAGGUCAUGUCUACAUUAAAGACAUGAAAUAAAUUGUCCUUUCUGCACUCAUCUUCCUAGGGACCUUUUCCCUCUUUGACUGCUUAGGGUUCAAUGCAAAAUCAAAGUCUUAUAUAUUCUUUCUGAAUGGCACAAUAAUUAGCACUAUUCUGCAUAAAUAUUGGUUGUUAUCUCUUGCUAAGCACAAAAUAUUAUUGUAUUUUACAUUUACUAUGGAGAUAUUUCUGAAGUUUUACUGUCCAUGUAUGUGUCAGAACUGUCACUCAAUAAAGCAUGAGAAUAUAUAUAUUCUUAUUUAUAAAAUUAUUUUAAUUUUCAAUACUAACAUUGCUACUGUCUUCUCAUUAUAUUUCUGAUGUCAGAAAAGUAGACAAUUAAGCAGCUUUAACUUCUGUAGUAGAAAUUCAUAUUUCUACAAAACAUUGAUGGUAAUUAAAGUAAAUGCAUAAGAAUACUCUUGCUAUGCAAUAAUCAAGCGUAUGUAUUAAGGAUGCAUAUUUGCAUAUUUGAAUACCAAAGAGUUAUAACAUGGAAAAUUAGUGUUUAUGCGUUAUAUAUUCUAUCAUGUAAGUUUAUUUAUAGACAAAAUAUGAAGUUUCAAAAACAUUUUUCUUGCCACUUGUUUUCUGUAAAUAUGUUUGACUAUUAAAACUCAAGUCUG